AUGAUGAACGCGUGGUUCGGCGAUUUUGAGGCGUAUUUCGCUGGAAAAGAGUACCAAGAACCACCGACGAACAUCUUCGGCGUCAGGCGCAUGGAAUACUCCGACAUUCCGGUCCUCGAGCGGCUGGAAAACGUGACGGAAAGAAACGCGAUGUUCGUGCACUUCCUCGUAUGGGACAGGCGCUACACGGGCCGCUUCUUCGAGGACCUCCUGACCGGGCUGUUCGACGUCGCCUUGUAUCUGCUGCACGUGAUCCUCGUGCUUCCUCCCCGGGUUAUUCCAGGUGACCCCUCGAAUCGAUCCUCCGCGGACGUGUUCGAACGGCAGAUGAUCAGGAUCUCGUCCAAGUGCUUGGUGAACACGUACUCUGUGCAGUCCCUCUACGUGACCGUUCGCUACCUGAAAAAUUCCAGGCUCAGAAUGAGACGCGUCGUAGAGGAGGAUAACGACCUGGUGAUACCGAUCAUCGACGCCGAGUCGAAACUCGUGAAGGAAUUCUACGGGGAGUACUACGUCAGCGAGAUGGUUCGUUAUCCCAACGAUUACCGACAGUUGAUCGUCUCGGAGGACAAGGAGGGCCUGGCCACUGGCGUGAUGUUCCUCAGCAGCAGGAUAGACGUCGACACUCUCAACGAGAACUUCGAGCUUGGACCGUACAACGGCCUCAGGAAGCCCAGCGAGAACGACGUGAUCCCUCCGGAGAGCAUGGAGCCUGCCAGCGAGACCUUCUUCUCCAUUUUCUCGCGAAAGCCUCGAGCGGAAACGAUAGAUGCCAGCUUCCCGAUGACCAUCUCUGCGGGUGGAAGCACCGAGCACUUGGAGGAAGCAAACGAAAGUAGCAGUUCCGCAGCCUCGAUCGAUCCUCGAGCAGAGAAGUCUACGGAAAAGCCGGUCGACUUCUCAGAGCUCACCUUUCUCUCCGAAGUGGUGUCGAUCGCUGAUUACUUCAAUACCUACUACCACUCGAAGAUGCGGACCAGCGCGUUCGGGGACACAAUAUUCGACGUUCCUCGAAAAACCACCGUGCCAACGAUCGAGAUCAGCGAGGUGCCAGUCGAAGAUGUCCAGCUUCCUCCGCGGCCGAUCUAUCGCGGCGAGGUGAACGCGUUCGUCUUGGAGAUCUUCGCGAUGCAGGCGCAGAUCAAGAACCGCUCCAGCAAGGACUUCAUCGAGGCAGCAUUCGAGUGUUUCCCUGACUUGGACUACUGCGCGAUCCUUUUGCCCUGCUCGCAUCCAUUUCUGCCCUUCUUGGAAUAUUUCGUGCGAGUACCAUUCAGAUGCAACAAAGAUUUUCCAAUGACCCUGUACGUGACUCAUCGAGCCGCUCUCCUCGGUGAAAUAAAGUGUCGCGAAGGUGUUCCCGAACACGAGAACGGCGUGAGAAAUCUUGUGCGAUGGAUUCCGAAGGCGGAAGACAUUCUGGCAGACUUCGAUGCGACGAUGAAAAAGCAACGGUCGGACUUGUUCUGUUACGUCUUCCAGUGGAACGACACGGUGGUUGGGCUGGCGAUUCUCCGCGCCGAGAACGACGCCACUUACAUCAGAAGACGUUACCACGUGGAGGAUUACGUCGCGACGAAAAACGUGCCUCGAGACGCGUACGGUCGCAUCCUGCACUUCGUUCUAAUGCCGAUCUUCUCCAUUCAUCUGCGGCACUUCUUGUGCGAAAUCAUGCGUCUCAGCGGUCUGACGGUCUUGUAUUAUCGGCUCACGGAAAGCGCUUUAAGCGCGCUGGUAAAUACUCUCGAGUACAAAACGCGCUCCCAGCCACUGGCGAUCUGUCUGAACGCCAUGAUUUUCGUCAAUCCUCGGCGAAGGAUCGAGUACAAGAUCUGCGGUUACGUGGAAACCGAUGAGCCUAAAACGGAAGAGGAAUCGUUCGCGCUUUUCAUGACGACGCCGCGACUGGCGAUGCUUGGAAACUUCAUCAUCGACGCGAAGGUGGUCGUGGUGGGUGCUUCCGAUUGCGGUAUCGCUCUCAUAGAACACCUUGCUUUGGGUCGAGUCUGCGCUAAAAUUAACGCGAUCAAUAGGAAAGAGAAGUACGUGACGGUGAUGAAUCAAGGAAACAUCACGUACGACUACUUGGUGCUGAGCUGCGGAUUGCAGUAUCAGAUGCCACAGUUUCGCGAGGAGUUCGAAGCGCAGAAGAAAGGGUAACGGAGGGAGAGAAGAGUAAAAUCGAAUAGAAAUUCGCAGUAACGUAUUUUUCGAGCAGGGAAUUCCUGAAAUACGAAACGCCUUGGAAUUGUUUGGCGAUCAACGACGAUACUCAGGCCGCUACGUGUCUGGAGAGGAUUCGUUUGUUGACGAAGAACUUCGAAUACGAAAGUAGGUUGUUCGUUUUGGGUAGACGGUGUACCACGUGCCAGGCUCUCUUUCAGGAAAGAUCGUCCUUUACGGGCGCAAUAUCGAUUGCUAUUGCGCGCUUCAAGGCCUCCUCGAAUCCGGAAUAAACGGUUCUUGGAUCACUUUGAUCGAGCCGCCGCUGCAUCCGUGCGACUCUCGCGAGAGCGUCUUCUUCGGCGACUGCGAAGUAAAUUUUCAACACCUUUGAGAAGUAUACGGUUAUAGAACCGGAUCGUUUACGAAACAAUCACGGAUGUGUCGAAGGUAUACGAGGAAGUGAUGAACUCGAUUUCGAAAAGCGGCAUCGAUGUACUUCUGGGAUGGGAAAUGAUUGAUUGGCACCUGAAGAAAUCGAACGCGGGAGAAUUGAUCGAAGCGAUCGUUCUGCGUUCGAAGGGCGACACGAGAACGAUCGAGUGCGACGCGUUGCUCAACUUUAGCGAGAAAACGAUCAACAUGGAGAUAUUUUUGGGUGAUCGAUACGAAUUACAUAAU